AUGUUUCCACUUCUGAUCGUACUCAGCCUACUGACCAGACUUACCCUCGCGGUUCCUCUUUGUGUAAAAAGGCUAAAGGAUUCCGAACAUGCCGGAGAAGAAGUCUUUGUGUCAAAAGAAGCUGCCAACAUCUUUAUGCACCGCCGCCUCCUGUACAAUAGGUUUGAUCUAGAGCUCUUCACUCCCGGAGACCUGGAGAGAGAAUGCUAUGAGGAGUUUUGUAAUUAUGAAGAAGCCAGAGAGAUUUUCAGAGAUGAUGAAAAAGCGAUUACAUUUUGGCGGGAUUAUUCAACUAAAGGACCAACCACACGAUCCGAUGUUAACAAAGAGAAAAUCGAUGUUAUGGGCCUUCUGACUGGAUUAAUUGCUGCUGGAGUAUUCUUGGUUAUUUUUGGCUUAUUUGGUUACUAUCUGUGCAUCACCAAGUGUAAUAGGCAGCGAUAUCUGGGUUCUUCAGCUGUCUACACAAGAAGGGCCCAACACACACCCUCCGUCAUUUUCAGAAGCCCUGAGGAGACUGUCUUGCCUUCAUCUCCACCUUCAGAGGAUGCAGGACUACCUUCCUAUGAACAGGCUGUAGCAAUGACCAGAAAACACAGCGUCUCACCACCACCUCCAUAUCCUGGGUCAACAAUAGGAUUUAGAGUGUUUAAAAAGUCUAUGUCACUACCAUCUCACUAA